AAUAUAUUGUCGUGUACACAAUUACACAAUGAAGUGAUCGCUUGGCUAAUGGUGUUUCCAUCAAAAUUUAACGAUAAUGUUUGCCAAACUUUUCAUAUGGGGUUGCAUGGUAACUCUAGUAAUAGGUGCCGACGAUGGUGGUUUAGUACCCAGCAAUAACGAAGAUAUUCCUUUCCCAUUCAACUGUUCCACCAGAGCGUUUUGCUCUAACCUGAGGACAAGGAUACCAACUCGCGACGAAGAUUACUACGCAUUAUAUCAAAAUCUAGAUGGAGACUCAUUCGUCUACAUUUUGGAAAACAACCAAGGAAACCAAUUAUUGUUCACUUUACAAGGACUCGCGGGCAGGAAAUAUAGAAUUAAUAUAGAGGAAAUUGAUCGGCACAGAUACAAAUUGCCCUACGUUCUGGUAGAAGAUCCUUUAUCGGCAAGCAUCACAGACUUCCAAAUUGAUGACGCAUGGGUUAGAGGAUCGUAUGGACAAGGUGACGAAUUUAUUAUAUACGCUUCGCCCUUCAAAAUUGAGUUUUACUACGACGAUGUAUUGCAAAGUGUUUUUGAACCCAGCCGACUGAUUAUGGAAAACACGGGCCAAAGCCAAGCCUUUGCAUUCGCGUUAAGAUUUCCCGAAGCAGAUCGUCUUUUAGGGCUCCACGAACAUGCGGAUGGUCUGACACUGCGCCACACUGCUGAUCUCUCCAUCGACCCCUACAGGCUGAGGAACACAGAUUACGGUACCUACACGUACGAUAUUAACAGCACCAAAUCUAUGUAUGGCGCUGUUCCUGUUCUAUACGGUGUGGGAACUAAUUCAACUUCUGGCGUGUUUCUGCAUAAUGCUGCAGAAAUGUUCGUUGAUGUCAAUAACGCAAACCAAUCCGCAUAUUUUAUGGUGGAUGGCGGAACUUUGGAUCUUUUCGUACUCUUAGGGCCGACACUGAAAGAUACAGUCAGACAGUAUUUAAAUUUGACAGGAGUUGCCCAUUUACCCCAGCUUUGGACCUUAGGUUACCAUCAGUGCAGGGUUUCUUACGAAUCUACAGAUGAUGUCAAAGAUAUAAUCACCAAAUUCGACCAAUAUGAUUACCCGUUGGACGGAAUGUGGUUAGUCAGGGCGGCAACCGAUAACCAACGAUGGUUUACAUGGAACGCUUCCACAUUUAGCGAUAUUAUCUCGCUCUUAGAUUGGUCCGAGUCACAGGCACAUAGGAAAAUGACCUGCAUGACAGAAUGUAACAUAAAGGUGGAUCCUACUUAUAAAUUGUACAACGAUGGCCUUAAAAAUGACUACUUCGUAAAGAAUCCAGACGGUACCAACUUUAUCAAUAUUUGCUGGGCAGGGAACAGUACGUGGUUCGAUUUCCUCAACCCAGAAGCUCUUGAUUAUUAUGCCGGAUUGUACUCUUACGACAACUUCCCAUCUACUCCCACUCUAGCUGGUUUUUGGAAUGAUAUGGACGAACCAGCUUUGUUCGAUAAUUUAUAUGAACGAACUUUACCGUUUUCGUCUCUUCACUACGGAAACGUUUUGCAUCGCGAUAUCCACAACAUGUAUGGAUUAUUACAGGUAAAAGCAUCUCACAAAGGACUAGUGGCGCGAGACGAAGGAAGAUUAAGGCCGUUUAUAUUAAGUCGUUCAACUUUUGCCGGUAGCCAGAGGUAUGCCGCGAAAUGGAGUGGUGACAACGAGGGAUUAUUUGAGGAUAUGCGUUUCACAGUUCCCAUGACGAUGGUAGCGAAUCUAGUUGGUAUCGUAUUCUACGGAGCCGACAUACCCGGAUUUAGAUAUGGAGCAACAGAUGAAUUGACCGUCAGAUGGUAUCAGGUCGGAAGUUGGAUUCCGUUCUUCCGCGCUCACGCUUGGUCUGGUCCUAGAAGGGAACCAUACACUUUUAACGACGACAUUCAAGUUCUUCUUAAAGAAGCUAUGAGCUGGAGAUAUAAGCACUUGCCUUAUUGGUACGCCACUUUUUACGAGCAUACGCUUCAAGGAGAUCCUAUCGUGAGACCACUGCUCUACGAAUAUUCUGAAGAUCGCGAAGUCUACGACCUCAAUGACCAGUUCUUGAUUGGAAGGGAUAUAUUGGUGGCUUCAGUUUUUGAAUCGAAUUUAACAGCAGUGGAUGUAUACUUCCCGGGAGGCAAGGAACAGGUUUGGUACCAAGUGCUCGGAAACAAUACCCGCGCGUUUGAAGGUGGAAAUUUGGUAUCAAUUCCUGUAGAUAUAACGUCCAUUCCCAUAUUUUACAGAGGCGGUAGUAUAAUACCGAGGAAGGAAGUAGUUAAGAGGUCGUCAGCAGAAACGCGAGAGGAUAGCAUUACUCUGCAUGUCAUUCCUGAUGGCAACAAUAUUGCUUACGGACAAGUUUACGUUGACGAUUACGAAAGUUUUGACUACAUUAUUGAGAAUAAGUUCCUAUAUUUGAACGUUACUUUUAAUGGAGAGAUUGUUCAAGUCAGAAAGUUUGACGACGCUGCCAAUUCUGAUGAUUUCACGGUUUCCUUCGAUAGGAUUAUUGUCUAUCGCUUGGCAGAUGACGGUACUUACUAUAUCGAAGAUUUUACAACAACCUCCGAAGGAACUCCGAUCGUGGAACUUGAUUUUCGCGGAGUUUUGGCAUCCAGUGAAGAAAGUUUAUAUAUUAAUUUGAAAUAAAUAACAUUCCCUUCGCUUGCUUUCAAUCAAAAUUUCUGACGUACUGCUUUUUGUGAAAACAAAGAUAACAUACAUAACAUUUCCAUAACUUCCUUGGUCUUUGAGAUUCCGGGUGAUUUUGAAAACUUUCAGUUUUGGGAUAGCCACAUAUUUCAGUUUUUAAUGUGUUGGCAGGGCAAAAAAUAUAUAAAUAAAUAUAAUAAUAUAAUAUAA